AUGUUCGAUAUACUACGUUCUGUGACAGGGCUUUUGAAGCCAGAUCGCGUUUGCAUAGACGGUUGGAUAUUUCGUUUGCAUUGCAAGACAACGUUUAUCAUUUUAAUUUCAUUUUCUUUUAUUGUGUCAUCGUCACAAUAUUUUGGAGACCCAAUAAAUUGUAUUAACGAUGACAUUUCAUCUAGUGCUAUGGAUUCAUAUUGUUGGAUUCACAGUACUUAUACAAUUUCAAGACAUAUUAAAGGUGAAUCAGGCCGGCAUUUUGCAUAUCCGGGGGUUAUGAACCACUUUGAUGGAGGCGGAAUAAUCAAAUACCAUAAAUAUUAUCAAUGGGUCUCAUUUAUUCUUCUCUUUCAAGCGUUAUUAUUUUAUGCGCCAAGAUAUGUAUGGAAGUCAUGGGAAGGCAAUCGCAUUAAAAUGUUGGUGGGGAACUUAAAUGUACCAGUGUUAGCCUCAGAAGAAAAAAAGACACAGAAAGACAGCGUCAUGCGCUAUUUACAGGAUAACUUGAAUUGUCACAACUUUUAUGCUUUCCGGUAUUUCAUUUGUGAGGUUCUUAUUUUCAUCAAUGUCUCUACACAAAUUUAUUUUAUGGAUUACUUUUUGGAUGGAGAAUUCUCUUUCUAUAGUAUUAACUUAUUCAAAUCCAUGGAAACGCCAGAUGAUAUGAUGGCGCGCGUAUUUCCAAAAUUAACAAAAUGCUCAUUUCAAAAAUAUGGACCUUCUGGAAGUAUACAAGCUUUUGAUGCAUUAUGCAUUCUUCCAUUGAAUGUUGUUAAUGAGAAAAUAUAUAUCUUUUUAUGGUUUUGGUUUAUCAUUCUUGCCGUUUUGAGCGGGUGGAAGCUAUUGUAUCGCGCUUUACUUUUAUGCUUGCCAUGGAUACGAAAAUAUAUGCUUCGCACGCGCAUAAGGAAUUCGUCAUGUGAUAAAGUUAUGCAUUUAUUGAACAAAUGUUCGAUUGGAGACUGGUUUAUAAUCUAUCAAUUAAAACAAAACAUUGAUAUGUAUUCGUUUAAUGAAAUAAUUAAUGGGCUUUCCGUAAGAAUAAAUGAUGCGUAA